UCUGGGUUCCUACAUCUCUUCCUCCCUGCCUCAGUUAUUUACACGCCUAUUGCUGUGUAUCUGCCUGUCUUCCUGCUGCGGGGAGUCCUGGAGUCUCUGUAGUUCUCUGUCAGUGUGACUCAGAAUCUGCCCGCAGGAACCUGCCUUGUUCCAGUCUGGAAUGUCUGGCUGGCUGUCCUUACGGGGCUCUGGGCCUCUCUGCCUUUGCCUGCCUGAGUUUGCCUGCCUCUCUGGGUUGCUGGGUCUUGGUCCCGGUCUUCCUCCUUAUUUUUGUUUGAAGGGGAGGGGUUUGUUUCCACAGUAACCAACUCCUCAGACUCUGGGAUUGGGGAGGGAACCCUCAGAUUUCGUGACCCCUCCCACCUUCCCUCCCUCUCUCCUCCCCUACUCUCCUUGGUGCUAAGUAGAGGCCGGGAAGCCACGGUUCUGGGACCUGGAGGGACAGUCCCAGGCUGGGUAGAGGGUGGUCAUCUGUUUUUCCUAGGGACUAAUGGUGGUGGCCAGGGGCAGGAUUUGGAACUUCAGGAGGGGCCAGAAGUUAGAUUUUCCCCGUCUUUGAUGGUGCUUGGGAUCUAACCCAGGGCCCUGUGCACGCUAGGCAAGUGCUGUACUAUUGAGCCACAUUUCCAGCCCCAGAUAUUGUAUGUAAGGCCUAGAAGCCCUGGACUCCUGGGUUCAGACACUGGGUAAAGGCGGGGUGACUAGCAGGGCUGGUUUUUCGGGACCGGUCAGGGGAGGGGCUGAGACCACGUGACUCUGAGUCUACCAGCCUCUCUCCCCCCCAUCAUCCCCACUUCCCCUUCUCCUUCCUGUACUGGGAUUGGAGCUGCCACCUUCAGGGGGGAGUCCCCAGGGCUGGGAUAGUGGAAGCCCCACCCAAGGGACCUGGGGAAGGGGGCCUAAGGGGACAGACUAAUUCUUCUGGCUUGUCUGGUUUUUGGUGGGGGAGGGCGGGGCACGCUGCUGUGCUGGGCCUGAGGUUUCUGCUUCUCAAGGUCUCUGACUCUCCGCCUGUUUCUCUUCCCUCUUCUGCCCUUUGUACCCUGCUUCUUUACUGUGCUGGGGUUCAGCUCUGGGGGGAAAGGGUAUUGGGGAUUUCCAGGAUCCUGGUUUCUGCAUUCCAUCCAAUCCCCCACUGCAACCCCCUCGACUCCACCGGGUCCUGAGGCUGCUGGGGGGGGGCUGUCUGGGCCCCAGUGGGGGAGACCUGGGGUCACCAGCCCCCCCCACCCCUCGCACUCGUUGGUACUGUCCCCUGCCAUCACAGGCCCCUGUGUCUGUCUGGGAUGAGGAGGAGGAUGGUGCCACUUUUACUGUCACAAGCCGACAAUAUCGGACUCUUGAUCCCUUGGCCCCUACACCUCCACCACGUUCAUCCCGACGGCUCCGAGCUGGCACUUUGGAGGCUCUGGUCAGACACUUGCUGGACCCCCGGACAUCAGGGGCUGACGUGACCUUCAUGUCAGCCUUCCUGGCCACCCACAGGGCCUUCACCUCCACGCCUGCCCUGCUUGGGCUUGUGGCUGACAGGCUGGAAGUCCUUGAAUCUCAUUCUACUGAUGAGCUAGAGAGGACAACAGGGGUAGCCAUCUCUGUACUGUCAACCUGGCUGGCCUCUCACCCUGAGGAUUUUGGCUCUGAGGCCAAGGGUCAGCUUGACCGGCUUGAGAGCUUCUUGCUUCGGACAGGGUAUGCAGCAGGGGAGGGUGUUGGGGGGGACAGCGCUGACCUCAUCCGCAACCUCCGGUCCCGGGUGGACCCCCAGACCCCCGACCUUCCUAAGCCCCUGGCCCUCCCCGGCGAUCCCCCUGCUGACCCCACGGAUGUCCUGGUGUUCCUCGCUGACCACUUGGCCGAGCAGCUGACCCUGCUAGAUGCGGAACUUUUUCUCAAUCUGGUCCCCUCUCAGUGCUUGGGGGGCCUGUGGGGACACAGAGACCGGCCAGGACACUCCCACCUCUGCCCAUCUGUCAGAGCUACUGUUACACAGUUCAACAAGGUGGCAGGGGCUGUGGUUAGCUCUGUCCUGGGGGCCACCUCAACCGGAGAGGGGCCUGGGGAGGUGACCAUACGGCCACUUCGACCUCCCCAGAGGGCCCGGCUCCUAGAGAAGUGGAUCCGUGUGGCAGAGGAGUGCCGACUGCUCCGAAACUUCUCUUCAGUUUAUGCUGUAGUGUCGGCCCUGCAGUCCAGCCCUAUCCACAGGCUUCGGGCAGCCUGGGGAGAAGCAGCCAGGGACAGCCUCAGAGUCUUUUCUAGCCUCUGCCAGAUUUUCUCUGAGGAGGACAAUUAUUCCCAGAGCCGGGAGCUCCUCCUACAGGAAGUGAAGCUGCAGCCCCCUCUGGAGCCACACUCUAAGAAAGCCCCGAGGUCUGGCUCCCGGGGUGGGGGUGUGGUCCCAUACCUUGGUACCUUCCUGAAGGACCUCGUGAUGCUGGAUGCAGCCUCCAAGGAUGAGCUGGAGAAUGGCUACAUCAAUUUUGACAAGCGUAGGAAGUUGAGGGCUCCUUCCCAGGAGUUUGCUGUCCUUUCUGAGUUGCGGCGGCUCCAGAAUGAAUGUCGUGGCUAUGACCUUCGACCUGACCCUGAUAUUCAACAGUGGCUUCGGGGGCUCCGGCCACUGACUGAGGCUCAGAGUCACCGUGUGUCCUGUGAGGUGGAGCCACCUGGUACCAGUGACACUCCUGCCCCACGGGUGCUUCGGCCAACACUGGUCAUCUCUCAGUGGACAGAGGUUCUGGGCUCUGUUGGGGGCCCCACCCCCCUUGUAUCCUGGGAUCGGCCCAGUGUAGGGGGAGAUGAGGUGCCUGGAACCCCUGCUCCUCUGCUGACCCGGCUAGCCCAGCAUAUGAAGUGGCCGUCUGUCUCAUCUCUGGACUCUGCCCUGGAAAGCAGUCCUUCUCUGCAUAGUCCAGCUGACCCCAGCCACCUCUCGCCCCCAGCCUCCUCCCCUAGGCCUUCUCGAGGUCACCGCCGCUCAGCCUCCUGUGGGUCCCCAUUGAGUGGGGGUACAGAAGGGGCCUCCAGGGGAACUGGAUACGGGGGAGGGGGAUCAGGGCCAGGGGCCUCUGAUUGCCGAAUCAUCCGCGUCCAGAUGGAAUUGGGGGAAGAUGGCAGUGUCUACAAGAGCAUCUUGGUGACAAGCCAGGACAAGGCUCCAAGUGUCAUCAGUCGUGUCCUCAAGAAAAACAAUCGUGAUUCUGCAGUGGCUUCAGAGUUUGAGCUGGUACAACUGCUACCAGGGGAGCGAGAGCUGACCAUCCCACCCUCAGCUAAUGUCUUCUACGCUAUGGAUGGAGCAUCUCAUGAUUUCCUACUACGGCAAAGGCGAAAGCCCUCUACUGCCACACCGGGUGCCAGUGGCCCCUCUGCAUCAGGAACUCCCCCAAGUGAGGGAGGAGGGGGUUCUUUUCCCAGGAUCAAGGCCACAGGGAGGAAGAUUGCACGGGCACUAUUCUGAGGAAGAAGCCCUGUUGGCUUACAGAAGUCAUGGUGUUCAAACCAGAUGUGGAUAGCCAUCCUGAGUGGUAUCAGUUACAUCACAUUGGGACAAAUUCUGAAAGGUGACCAGCCACCCUGGGGCAAUGAAGUGCCACUCAUUUACCAGGCAGUGGAAAAAUCCAGCCAUGUGGCAGCUGGUAAUCUUGUAACCAAGUCAGAUACCUGCAUACAGCUCACCACCUCUCAAGAAUGUGGCACUCAGGAAAAGGCACCAGUUUCUGAUUCCUGCCACAUCAUCAAAUAUGAAAGGCCAAGGAAAGGCCUAUAGGCUCUGAGCCCCAGGGCAGAGGGGAAUGGCAAGAAGUAGGUUCUAAUGGGAAUUCCUUUUCCCACUCUAGGGCUUCCUGUCACUGUGACAACACUAAGAUAAUAAAUCAAAACACUACCUGAAUUUUACUCCCUUGUCCCUGCAGUGCAUAUAAACUGACUGCUGGUAGUGGGGGUGGGGAAUUUGCAGAAGAUGGAACAAGAAAGGACACAAUGUUUUUUCCCAAGAAAAGCUGCAAGUAAGGUACUGGUGAAAAUGGUUUCCUCAGAAUGGUUUACUUCCCUUCAGGAACUUCUCCACUCCUGGUUCCUUUAUUUACUCUUAAAAUUCUUUUCUUCACUGGUCAGAUCUAUGUGAAGAGGUAGACACCAGAUUAAAGUGAUCUGUAUAAAGGGA